UUAUGUAACCACAGGUUAUGCUGAACAGGCCUCCCUUUCUCAGAGUCAUUUCAGACUGAUCACACAGUCAAGCUGUGAACUGAAACCUGAGUCCGCCUUUCUCACUGAGACUCAAGGCGGAUUACACAGGAUGAGAAUACAAUCAGUAUCAAUUUUUAGCUAUGUGGCUCUACCUGGCUGUCCUGGGGGCCUUCAGCUUCCUUUACCAAUGGUACUGGAAGAGACAGACCGUGGAGAACUUGACAGAGAAGUUUGUCUUCAUCACUGGCUGUGACUCUGGGUUUGGGAACCAUCUUGCCAAGCAGCUGGAUGGAAAGGGCAUGCGAGUCUUGGCAGCUUGCCACAGGAAGGAGGGAGCUGAGCUACUGAAGAAGACCACAUCUGACCGCUUGAAAACCACCGUCCUGGAAUUGACCAGCACUGAGAGUGUUGCAGCAGCUGCGGAGUGGGUGAAACAAUGUGUGGGGGACAAAGGACUUUGGGGCUUGGUAAACAAUGCUGGUACAACGAAACCAUCUGGUCCCAACGAAUGGCUAACUAAGGAUGAUUUCGCAAAGCUAAUAAAUGUCAACCUGCUUGGACUGAUUGAUGUGACUCUCCAACUGCUGCCACUGUUGAAGAGAGCCAGAGGGAGGGUGGUCAACGUGUCAAGUUUGGGAGGAAGAGUAGCCUUGUUUGGAGGAGGAUACAGCCCAUCCAAGUAUGGCUUGGAAGCAUUCUCUAAUACUCUGAGGCAAGAACUUCAUCAUUUUGGAGUCCGAGUCAGCAUUAUUGAACCUGGUUUCUUUAUUACAAACGCUCACAGAAAUUCAGAGGAAACUUUGCGGGACAUUUGGAAACACCUGCCCUCUCACCUCAAAGAGAGCUAUGGGCAACAAUACUUAGAGGACUAUUGCAACCGAUACAACUUUGUGUUCAAGCAUGCCAGUGAAGACCUUCGUGUGGUCAGUGACUCCAUGGAACAUGCUUUGACGUCAACCUACCCUCACACCCGCUACAUGCCUGGUUUUAUCUCUCCCCUCAUACUCCUAUUUAACUCUUUGCCAGAUACAAUAACAGACCGCCUGGUUAUCUGGUGUUAUCCAAAGCCAGCACAAGCAAUAUAGACUAUUGUGCAGAAAUAUUUUUACUAUCCUGGCAAGGCAACAAAUUGUGGACUGGAUAUAUCUGUAAUUGUAUUGUAUUCAUUAUUUGUUCACACAAAUAUUUUUGCCAUAUUCUUCAGCCAUAUGAUUUAAACGACAAACAAGAAAGGGUCAUUAUUUUUGUGCACAUGCAAUUGGCGUAUGAACAAGGAUUCCAAAACUUCCAAUGAUUCAUAGUUUUUCUGAACUGAAAUGGAAGAUAUGUGGGAAGAGGCUGCACUUUGAAUAGGGAUUCAUACAGCAAAGCAACGGGCAUUCUCUUCCCUAAGUGGAGUUUUUCAUCCAGUCAGAGAGAUUGGAUGAACCAGCCACAUCAGAUGCUGCAUAGUUACCCAAAAUCACCAGCAGAUGAUUGAGAGGAGGCCUGGCCAGACAAGUGAAUUGUAAAGAAAGUGGGGGCUGUGGAUCAGGGGUUAAGCAUUUCUGCGUACAGAAGGCCGCACACAAUCACAAGUUGGUGGUGUAAUGUAUACUGACCUUGAUAGACCAAUGGUCUGACAGGAUAAGGUAGCUGUGGCGAAAUGAGCCGUUUCCAGACAGCUGACCGGCACCCGGGAUGUCACGCCACGUUUCGGAUCAU